UUUGAAAGUUGUCAACAGCGGGGAAGCGGCGGAUAGAUCGAGCGUCUGCAACCGAACCGGGAACGUUCGGAGGGGGCGGAAUGGGCUGUAGCCACAGCAAGAAGAAAAGCAAAUUGAAGAAGGGCGAGAAGCCGCAGAAAGGCGCCAGGCGGGGAGAUGGAGGAGGGAAACGCGCGUCGCUGGAGCCAGACGUCUGUCUUGAGAAGCAGCUGGAGAGGUUUGAGUGGCAGCUGACGAUUCUCAAAGAAGUGCUUUCAGCCAAUGGAAACACAGAGAGGGCGGAGCUAUUGAGAGGCCACGCGGAUGAAGAGGUGUGUGCCCUCGUCCUGAGCAUCUUUGACAAGGUGAAAACGGAGACGACGGCUGAUUUAAAUAUCCUUCAUGAGCAGAAGAAUAAAGCUGCAGCUGAGGAACACGAAAAGAACAUAGAAGAUCUGAAAAAGCAACAUGAACGAAUGCAAAGUGAACUGACAGAAAAGUUCCAGACAGCAGAGAAUACUCUGAAGGGUGAAAUUGAAGUUUUGGCAUCAGAGUUGCAGGUUUAUAACGAGCUGAAGAAGAAGGUGCAAGAAUCAACGUUUAAGAAAGACCUACAGAGGAACAUUCAGACCCACGGGAGCCCAGGUGCAUUCUGGGAGUCUGAGCAGGAGUCUCUGCUGUUCGUCAUCGAGAUGAAGAGUGAACGUGUGCAGGAGCAGAGCAGGAAGCUGCAGCAGAUGAACCAUCUGGUAGAGAAGAAUUUGUCUCUGGAGGACCAGAUUGUGCACAUCCUGCAGCAGAACGAGGAUCUGAGAGUCCGGACAGAAAACUGCCAAAGUCUAAUUCAGCAGUUAUCAAAGGAGCAGCAGGACCUGAAGGUGACACUGGAGAGGCAGGCGGCAGUAAACCAGAAGCUUUCUCAAGAAAAAGAGCAGCUGAUGUUCAAACUUAGACACAGAGACUCCUGCCCGCCCAUCCACCUGAACGCCAUGGUGCCGGAAAUCGCACCCUGAGGACUCUCACAGACCUGACUCGUGUCGCCGUGUGCACACAGGAGCCAGAUCAGGUACUUCUCUUGAAACCUGAACAGAUUCUGUAACAAAGUGAACAAACAGCUGGCCAGCUUUCAGAUUCUAACUGGACCAGCGCUCCAACCCACUUUGCUGUGACUACAGUGCUCUAGGUUCAAGACCGGUACAGCUGGAUUUAGUCGGACGGUGCACCAUGUCCCAAGCAGCUGAACAGUCGCUUGUAAUCUCUCACGUUCUGUUUCUCCGCUAAUGAAUGACGCAAACUUCUCCAUGUGAUUUUUGGGCUCUUGUGCCUUUGACGGGUCAUCAGCAAACGCUGUGUUGUUCCUUGUGCAUGGACUGGAUUGUGGAUCUGGAUCUGGGUUGGAUGCUGCAGAUGCAGCAGGACAGCAGUUUGAUCUUUGCACCAUUUCUUGUUUUGGUCCAUUGAGUUUUAAAGUUUAUUUUAUUUUCGACUGUUUUUAGUUUUACUGAUCAGAUGAACUGAAUUGGACUUGGUCCGUCUGUCCGUCUCACCUCCAGUCCAUCAGGUUUUUGUCUCGUCCAUGUAAACGCUGAUUCUUAGUGUGACUGUGAUGAAUUUAAUUCAUUUAUCAGUGUUUCUUCUCAAUUAUUAAUCCUGUUACAAAAAAACUGGAGACAGAUGUUGGAAUUUCAUCUUCAAAUAAGUUCAAAUCAAAAAUAAUUGUUUUUGUGACCAACUGAUCAAUUUGUCAAAUUAAUUCCAGUUUAGAUCUCAUGCAGGAUCUGUAAGAACAGAUUAUCUUUGAUUUCACCAAAUUGUCAGAUUAACACCUGUUAGUCACUCACAUGUAAAACAGUUUUUAAAAUUGGAUAUCUCGCGUAAGAAAGAGAAAUAGACGAUUUGCAAAGCUGUAAAAGUUCCGAUGGUUUCAUUUUCAUAAAUUAGUCGACUGUUUUCUGAAACCUUUGUCAUUUGGUGUCGCAGAAUCACAACCGGAGCAAAUAACUUCCUGGUGCUUAAAGUCGUGAGGCGUCUGUGAUCCAGGUUAGGUUCCUGGUGGUCUUUAGACCGGAUUAUUUAUGUUGUUGCUGUUCAGGAACGUUUCCUGUUGAGAGUUUACCCGGUGUUCUGCAGCUCAAGCCACACUGACUAACCCAACCCUCACUUCCUGUCAGUUUGCAGCGUUCUUUUGUUGCCUUAUCGAUCCAACAAAGAAAUCGUAAUCUUCAGGUUGCCACAGAGCAGCUCUGCCCCAAGUUGGUGUUUAAGUGUCUUGCUCCUUGCCAUUUCAUGUGGUGUGUGAACCGGUAUUGAAGAGCGAUGCUUUGUUGCCUUGGAAACAGCAUCUGAAAGGUCACGUGGUUCAGAUCAGGGCUGCUCGUUAACAAACUGAGAAGAGCCGUUCCUGCUGACUCCGCUCCACAUAUUGACAUGGGUGGAGCUUUGGUGCAUUGAUGGUAGACGCUCGCGUUGAGACAGGACCGGACCAGCCGACACCCUCCUGUUUAUCAGGAGGGCUGAACGUUGAGCAGCACGGAUUAAAAUCUUAAUUUUGUGUAACAGCAACAUCUAAAAGUUCUUGUAAGAACUGCCGAAAAACAUCACUUUAGGGUUUUCUUUUUUCUUUGUGAUUGCAGCCGUCAGUGUUUUGAGUCGUCGCAACAAAAAAGUGUUUAAAAAAAAAAAGCAUUAAAUGUGAGCUCCAAUUUUCCACAAGGAACGAGGGAUUCCAGCUUUCUAUCCAGUCACAGCCACUCGACCUUGCAGCUCCUCCAGAGCGGUCUUGGUGGCUUCCCUCACUCCGUGCACACUCACUCGGUACGUGAAGACGGUCUCUUUCACUGGACUUUCUCUUUAGUUUUCCAACUGAUUCAUAAGUGAAAUGUAAACGGAGUGACACAAACCAGGACAUGAAAGGCCUCCGUGUUGACGACCCUGGAAAAGGACCGUGGCCACGCCCACACGUCACCCGGCUGUGGCAGAUUCUCCCUGGAUUCAGUACCACAGCAGGGACUGAGCCCACAGCUGGGACCAGGACCUGGAUUAGACUGUUUGGUACUCAGGUUCUCAGCUUUGUGGUGGAAAACGGAAGUCGAUGUGGUUUUGAGUUUCUGUUCAUUGCCACUGCUGUUUACUUUCUUUAUGUCAUGUGACCUCGUGGGG